AUGUCACAAUUCAAUAAGCUCGUACCGCCGCCCAAUUUCUGCCAGGUCGAGGAGGGGCUGUUUAGAAGUGGCCAACCAACAUCCAUUAAUCUAUCUUUCUUAUCGGAGUUGAAGUUGAAGACCAUUGUCUGGCUUGCCGUCGAAGAACCGGAUGAAACGCUCCUGGGAUGGCUAGACGAUAACAAUCUCACUCUGUACCACCUUGGCCUCCAGGAGGGCGGUGCGCCAUGGGAUGCAAUCACUGUCGAGUCCAUCACCGAUGCCUUAGAGCACAUCAUCAACCCUUCAAACUUCCCUAUCCUCGUAUCCUGCUCAAUGGGUAGACAUAGAACUGGUACCGUAAUAGGUUGUCUUCGUCGUUUGCAAGGUUGGAACCUAUCAAGCACCCUCGAAGAGUACAGACGUUUCACUGGAAACAGACGCAACAGAUUGGAGAAUGAGCUUCGGAUAGAGUAUUUUGAUACUGCGUUGGUGAAGCUUCCGCAGAAGGAAGUGCGUCCUAGCUGGUUGUGGCUAGAUUGA